AUGGAACUCAACCGAGAUUUUCACGCCAUAAUUUAUUACAACUUUCAGAGACAAUUAUCGCAACAAGAAUGCCUUACUGAGUUACUGUCUGUUUUCGGCAACGAAGCACCAUAUCAAAUUCAAAGUCUUAGCGACGAUCCCAGGGUGGGUGCACCAAAAACGGCAGUCGCCCAGGAAAACGUCGAUGCUCUGCGCAAACUCAUCAUUGAAGAUAGACAUGUGACAUAUCCCGAGAUUGAGGCGUCCUUGAAGAUCUCAAAGACCUCAAUUCAAGAAAUUUUACAUGAACCAGGAAAAGCAGCCAGGGUUAAUUGGUGUCAAAAAACGCUUGACCGUUUCAAUUCCGGAAACUCAAAAAAUGUGUACAGCAUUGUUAGUGAUGAUGAAUCGUGGAUUUACUGUUAUGAACCAGAAAAUAAACGACAGUCGGCUUGUUUUGAAAAAGAUGCGGGUCAUAUUGCAACAAUUCCUCUUAAUGAGCGAAGAACUGUUACUGCAGAUUGGUAUACCACCAUUUGUUUGCCAAAAGUCAUCACCGAGCUUCGAAAAAUCAACCCCGAAAGAAGAAUCAUCCUCCACCAACACAAUGCAAGCUCGCACGCAGCCCAAAAAACGGAAGAAAACGUGGAAUUAUUGGACCAUCCUCCAUAUAGUCCCGGUCUAAGUUCUAACGACUUCUUUACUUUCCCGAAAAUUAAAAACAGACUGCGUGGUCAAAGGUUCCAGUCACCAGAAGAAGCAGUUGACGCAUUCAAAAAUGCCGUUUUGGAUCUGCCGGCAAACGAGUGGAAUAAGUGCUUCGAAAAUUGGUUCGAGCGCAUGCAGAUGUGUAUUAAUCUUCUUGGAGAAUACUUAGAAAAAAAAAAUAAAGUCAUUUAA